CGUCGCUCGGCAGAGAUGCAUUUGUGAUUGGAGCGAACAACAAGUGCGGCAUUGUUAUUGCGGUGUAUUCGUGAGCCGUUUUCGCUGGGAAAGAUGGAUGGCAAAGCUCUUCGCAAGCUUCGUCAAUUGAAUUCUAUUGAACGCGGGCUUGACGUCUCUUCGGAGCCCGUACAACAGCAGAAUAGUCAACAAGAGAAAGAGGAAGACGGAAAGGGUUUGCUACUUCGUUGUCACGUGAAACAAUCUGCUAGCGACUGUGAGCUUUCGGAUGCUGACAAAGUGAGUUGCAAUGCUUCUGGUCCUGCAGCUGUACAACAGACUGAGGACAUCAACCUAUUGAAAGAGGUGAUACCCAACGAAGACAUGAAAUCUGAUAAAGAAAUUGAAUGCGUUGAUGACCUGCAAAUGACAGAAAAAGGAAAUGUCGAAGAAGUAUUGGUUGAGGAGAUUAAGGAAUGCGUGAAGACGGAUCAUCAGUCUGGAGACGAGAAGGCUAGUCUAAGAGAAUCCCUUGCCAAGUGCAGUGAACUUAAUGCUGUGGAAUGGAAUGGCAAUUGUGGAUUGAUAGCAACCGACACACCCGUGGAAGCAGAGGACAGUCGUGGUGGAUUGGAUGGUGAUAAACUGGAAGAAAUUGUGCAGACAGAAAGAGAUCUGUCUAAAGUUACUGACAUCAAGUCUGAAGAACCGGGGUGUAGUGAAUCAAGUAAUCUACAAGUAAGUGAGGAUCAUGAAACAAAGACAGUGAAUCGAAAUGAUGGAGUAGACUUGCAAGAGAGCACUCGAACUAUGAAUGCUACAAGUUUGUCGGGAGAAGUGAACAUUAACAUCUCAGACACACUACAGUCUAGUGAUUGUGAUAACAGCAGUGACCUCCUACAAUCUAGUCAAGAUAUUGUGUCAAACGCGAAUCAUGAAGAAGUAUCGGACAAAACCCCUGAUGAAGCACAAGGAAAGAAUGUAGCACAAGAUUCGAAUGCAGUCUAUGCUUCAAGGGACAUUCGAUAUUAUCCAUGCUCAUCUUUGCAUUCAAUGUCAGUUUCUGAUAAACAACCGCAAGAUGGUAAACAGCACUUGAGUAGUAGAGGGUAUGAAGCAAAGUUUAGGUCAUUCUCAAGAGACAGCAGAAAACCAAAGGGUGAACCAAAGACGUAUCAUGAAAUGAAGACAUCAGACGCUAGCAACUGGAGGCUGUUUGUUGGCAAUUUGAGUUAUAAGGUAACAGUACGAGAUAUGUAUGACUAUUUCGGUCAGUUUGGUUCUGUUCAAGACUGUCAUAUUGUCAGACACCACGUAACAAAGAAAUCGAAAGGGUUUGGCUUUGUGACGUUUAACAAAGAAUCGACUGCCGAGGUUGCUCUAAAUUCACCACCUGAGAAGAGAACAUUGGACGGCAGAGUAAUGAAACUCAGCCGGGCAACACCAAACAAACAAAGAUGGUUGGCAGAAGCAUCAUCUCAGGGAGAACAGAUCGUUUCAAAAGGUACAACAUCAGCUGUGGUCGUCGAUGACGAAGAUUGCCACAUUCGUCUCUUGCCUGAUGAAGUCCUUGCCAAAAUUUUCAACUAUGUGAAUGUCAGGGAAAGGGUGUUGAUAGAGAGAGUUUGCCAACGGUGGCAUACUGUGGCAAGGGCAUCAUGGCAUUCUGUGACGCACAUCUCUGUUCAUCAGACUUUUAAUUUGUGGAAAGGACAACAUCUUACUGACAAGGUCUUUCGUGAGAUUCUCAAACGUGGUUGCUGUGAACUGCGUUCUAUUGACUUGUCUGGCUGUCCUCGACAUCUCACAGGCUUUGCGCUUCUUUUGGUUGGUGCUAAAUGUAAGAAAUUGACACACUUGGAUAUCAGUGGUGUAUCUAUCUCUAAAAUGUGUUUGAGAAAAGUCUGUGAAGACUGCACAAAAUUACAGUGGAUUCGGUUGCAUAAAUGUUGUAAAGUUAGUGAGAAAGGCUUUUGGUGGUUGUUUCAUUACUGUAAAGAGCUGCAGUACGUAGACAUAGGAUGCAACCCUAGGCUUACCGGACAGUGCUUUUAUGUCGUGGGCAGUCAACUGUCUACUAUUAUUCUCAGUGGAUGCACCAAGCUGACUGACAAUGGUAUUGAACUGUUGGUCAGUCGAUCACCAAAUCUUACAGAACUUGAUAUCAACAAGUGUCAGUUGUUGACAGAUCAGGGCAUCAGAGCUAUAGCAUCUAAUUGCUCAAAACUAAAGCGGCUUGAUUGUAGUUCAUGCGGGUCGUCAGUCACAUCAUGUGGUUUUGUCUGUUUGAGCAAGCUUCUCUCUCUUGAGAAGCUGUAUUUGAGUCAAAAUUCUGGUGUAAACGAUGAUGUCAUGGCUGCCAUUGCAAGACACUGCAGUCACCUUUGUGAGCUGGAUGUGAGUUCGUGUAGAGAUGGUUUAACAGAUGUUGGCAUUCAGUGUCUUGUUGGAUGUAUUUGUCUGACACAUCUGAAUAUCAGUUAUAUUACGAGUUUGACAAAUGAGGGAGUGUCUCACCUGGCUCAAAUUCAGAGCUUGAAAAAGUUGAUAGCUCGAUACUGCAGUGGCAUCACAACACCUGGGUUUGUUGCUGUAGCCACAUUGUGUGAAUUAGAAGAACUGGAUGUAAGUUCUUGUUAUCAGCUUGGUGAUGUCUUCCUUGAGAAAGUCACUGCUGCAAAAUCAACAAACACAAUCUUACUAAUUGAUAUUGGAGGAACGUCAAUCACAGAUGAAUGCAUAGCAAGAGUUCAGAAGUCUGGUGCAACAGUGAAAUUAAACUUACAGUCCUUGGCUCAUAUACAUUUGAUCCCGGAUGUCUAUGACAGAUUGGGAAAUGAUGAUGAUGAUGAUGAUGAUGAUGAUGAUGAUGAUGAUGGUGACGGUGAUGAUAAGGACGAUGGAGAGACAGGAAGUUCAGGUGCAGAGCCGAGUGAUCCAAUGUCAAUUGCAUCAGAAUCUGUUGUGUCCAGUGGGAAUGUGACAGCUGCAGGCACAAUUAAUGAUGAAAACCUUAGUGGAGAUUUCAAGGAAGAACUUGAUGACUUUGGUCUGUACUGUGAGGACUUUCUGGUCAAUGAUGAUCCAUCGAUGUUUCCCGACAAUGAAGAUGAGUGGAUGUUUCAGUCUUGAUGAAUGCAAUUGGGUUGAGGUUGAGUUUUUGUUAAGUAUGUAUGUUAUUCUGGAGUUUGCCUAUCAGGCUGAUGAACAAAAACAAAACAAAGUGAGCAGAGUUAUAGAAAUUUACACUGCAGAAUGGAGUUAUUGAUUAUAUACUGUUAUACUGCCUUUGCUUUUACAAACUUACAUGUGGUAAGUUAAUCUGCAGAUGAAAGGUUGUGUUGAGUAACACAGUAUUAAUGGUUGUGUUGGGUAACACAGUAUUAAUGUUUUUAGCUUCUCUUUAAUUUGAUUUCUCAGUUGAGUGAUAGCCUA